GAUCUUCAUCGCUCUUCUGAUAAUAUUUAUGGGUCUCCAUUGAGUGGAUUUUCCGGGGUUGAUGGUGAAGACAAGCUGAUGCAGGCACUAAUGGUAUUGAGGUACGACAAAAUCUUGGAGACAGCCCACAAUAUGGACCUACAACAGCUUCUCAUUUCCUGUGCUAAAGCGGUAUCGGAAGACGAUAUGUUGACUGCAGAUGUUUUAAUGAACAUUUUAGAAAAAAGGGUAUCAGUCUCUGGUGAGCCCUUGCAACGGCUGAGUGCAUACAUGUUGGAAGGGCUCCGAGCAAGACUUUUGGCGUCCGGAAGCAUCAUCUACAGGAAGUUGAAAUGCAAUGAACCAACGAGCUCGGAAUUGAUGUCUUAUAUGCAUGUGCUCUAUCAGAUAUGCCCAUAUUACAAGUUCGCGUACACGUCGGCCAAUGUCGUGAUUGGGGAAGCCAUGAAAAAUGAAAAAAGAAUCCACAUAAUAGAUUUUCAGAUUGCACAGGGUAGUCAGUGGGUAUCUCUGAUUCAGGCACUUGCAUGCCGUCCUGGUGGGCCCCCAUAUACCCGCGUUACUGGCGUUGACGAUUCACAAUCAGCUUAUGCUCGGGGCGGAGGACUUCAACUAGUUGGCCAGAGGUUAGCCAAAGUAGCUGAGGCAUGUGGAGUGCCAUUUGAAUUCAACGGUGCCGGUAUGUCAGGAUGUGAGGUACAACUCGAGAAUCUUCAGGUUCAACACGGAGAAGCCUUGGCCGUGAAUUUUCCUUACAUGCUUCACCACAUGCCAGACGAGAGUGUAAGCACCGCAAAUCAUCGAGACCGCCUUCUAAGACUAGUUAAGAGCUUGUCACCCAAGGUCGUAACCCUUGUUGAACAAGAAUCUAAUACGAACACCGCCCCAUUCUUUCCGCGAUUUUGUGAAACUCUAGAUUAUUACACAGCAAUGUUCGAGUCAAUUGAUGCAGCCCGUCCAAGGGACGAUAGGCAGCGGAUUAGUGCAGAGGAACACUGCGUGGCAAGGGACAUUGUCAACAUAAUAGCGUGCGAGGGGACUGAGAGGGUGGAAAGGCAUGAACUUUUCGGGAAGUGGAGAUUGAGACUUACAAUGGCUGGCUUUUCUCCAGUCCCAUUGAAUUCAUCAGUUGGUAACGCCAUCCAGGACAUGCUGAAUGAUUAUAGCUCGAAUUACUGUCUGAGGGAGGAAAAUGGCGCGCUAUAUCUUAGAUGGAAAAAUAGAGCUUUGGUAACAUCGUCUGCUUGGAGAUAAUAACCUAUUUUGGCAUUCUAAACCACGGUACCAAACAAGAGUUUAGUGAAUUGAGUUCACUUAUAAUGUGAAAUUUCUGCCCGACCUUUGUGCUUUUUCUAGCAGACGCGAUUUUGACAAUUAGACGUUGUACAUAUCCCAUCAUAGGAUGAUAAAGUGAUAUCUGAAAGAGAAAGCACGUAGAUCUGUUCUCGAAUUGGUUUCAUGGUUUGGUUUAAUCAUUCGAGAAACUCCCAUUAGGUGCUGUUGCUUCACUUUUGUGCUGGUUAUGAUAUAGUGUUCUUGUUUUAUAGAAUUGAAUGCUCACUCAUUUCUCGUGUUGGCCAUAGUUCAA